CUAAGCUAUAAUUUUAAGCUACAAGUCUUCUCUUGUUCUUCUUCUCUGAUCAAUUCAUUUUCCUCCUCUGAAAGCCACUAUCAAUACAUUGGCUGUUAUGUGAGUGAAAUCUCACAUCAACAAAGGGAAAUUAAGGGGCCAUGCAGAGGACACUAUGGUUGCAUACUUCCACAACAUAUCACCACCCCUUGAUGGAUCCAACUCCAGCAUAUCAUCGAUGGCAUGACGCUUGGGCGUGCAUUCUUGCUACUCUCAUCAUUUAUAUUACCGUUUCAGCUAGUCUCAUGUAUGGCUACUAUGGCGAUUCUCGCUUGUUGCUUGGCCCCAGCUCAUCGCGUUUGGUAAAGGCAAACUCUGUUUUGGUAGAUAGAAUUGAAGUAACUAGUGAGUAUAGUAAUGAUCUUUUGCUAUAUGGGUUCCAUGAAAGGCCUGAGUUAAGCUCCCAAGCAAAUUGGUCUACCUCAAAGUUUCUAGAUGUUUCAGCAUAUAGUCGCAAGGGAAUUUCUUUGUGGUUAAAUAAGGGCUCCACCAUUCGUAUGAGGUGGGAAGCACAAGCUAGUAGUAUAAGUCAACUUGAGGGGAUAGUGAUUAAAGGGGACAGGAAAUUUGAAGAAUUACAGCCAGAACUAAAGCUCUUACUUGAUGCAAUUGAUUAUAGUGAGACUAUUAAUGGUAAAGAAGCUGAAUACAUCAUUGAGGAAGAUGAUAGGUACCACAUAGGGAUUCUAAACAUGAAUGCCAGGAGCAUAAUAUUGACCAUGAACAUUAAUGUUUCAGCAAAGGUUUAUGAUACUACCAAAGCCAAGAAUAUGUGCUCUACUGUGAAUGGAUCAUGCAGACUUAGACUCUUCUUCCCUAUCACAAAUUAUGUAAUUCUCACAGCACCCGAAAAUGGAGGUGAUGGUGGAUGGGUUAUUGAAGUUUCUUUCAUGGCUCGCAUUAUAGCCUAUGUUGCUCUAUUAGGGUUAUUUAUGAUUGUUAUAUUUCUGACACUGAAAUGCCUUGGAGUCCUUGAUGGUGGUCAUCACAACACUAAUGUGAUAGUGGACCCUUAUGGAACAACAAGCAAUGUACUUGCAGCACAAGAAACAACUGAAACUGAGCCCUUGACAUGUGUGCAGACAAAUACAGAGAUUAAAAUUCAAAAGGAAGAAUCAGAUACAUCCAGUGUCUCUUCAGAGGAGUUAUAUGAUGAAAAAUUGUGUGUGAUUUGUUAUGAUGAACAACGCAACUGCUUCUUUGUUCCUUGUGGCCAUUGUGCCACUUGCUAUGACUGUGCACAGAGGAUUGUGGAUGGGGAGACCAAGGUUUGUCCCGUGUGCCGGAGGCUUAUUCACAAAGUCCGAAGAUUAUUCUUAAGUUAGGCUUGCAAAUAUGUAGUGACAUUGAUGUAGGAAGAUCACAUAUAUUAUGAUGAUUGAUGAAGGAAAUUUGAGAUGAAACUAGAAAUCGAAGUAGGUUUUUGGAAGGAAAUGAGUGAUAUUGUGUUCUGUGUGACUGUAUCUGUAAUACAACAUAUUCCUAUGGCUUUCUAUUUUUUCCAUCAGGCUGCAGGGGAAUGAGUUACUAUGAUUUUGGCUGAGUGCAUCUUAGCAGCAAUGGCUGACAAUUUGUUAUCACUUCCAGACCUGAAAGAUAGGUCUUAAAAAGAUUGUCAUAUUUCUUUGAUAGUAUAAUUAGCACAAUGUUUUAGUGUG